AAUUGUUACUAAUCAUAAGUAUUUUGAGCUAUUUUAAAUAAAAAUGUACUUUUGUAUAGUCAAACUGCACUUUUAGAUGUCUUGAAUAUAAUUAGUUAUUGUUACACGAAACCGAUUUUAUUUUAAGACGGCUUGCCGUAGCUUCCUACUUUACCUUCAGAGAUGGCGCCGAGCCCACUGCGUCAGACGUAAACGUCCCACGUCAUACGCAGUGAGGUUGGUUCCAAAGCUCCAUUGGUUGAAUUACGUUUGUCUCGUUAUCCUUUAAACCCAUUGGUUGAUUGGCUUCUGUAACGUUCUGCCCGCCGAGAAUUGAAUCAGUCUUUCACAGACACACUUUGAGUGAACUUGCUGAGCUCAGAGUUUCCAAACAGCCUUCCGAACGCCAGGAGUAUUGCAACCGAACAGCUUUCCAGCACAUUCUGUUGAUUCACCGAGCGCAGGAAGCUAUUUCCGUCGAGAUGCCUCGAGGAAAGUCCCACCGCCGAUCCGAAGCUGCUAAGAGAAGGGUGGAAGCAGUUGGAAUUGGUCGUGUAGGGAUACCCAAUGCCUCCAGCGAUUUUGUUUCACGGCGUGGUACCGGCUGGCGUCAUUCCGUGAAGCCAUGGCCAGCGAGUGUAGUGACUAACCACUGUCACAAGCUGGUCAUCCCACGGGCGUAUCCUGAUAAGAAAUUUAUCCUUCUCAUCGGAGCGUCCCAUUUGCGGUCCUUCGUGGACGGCAUUGUUGAGAUGCCAAGUGGCUGCCUACAGUUCGGCUUUAUGUCCACCCCUGGAGCCUGCGCAGCCGACUUGCAUCUUGAGGCAAUGAAAGCCAAUGUGCCUCGGGAGCCUGACGCCGUCUGCGUCAUGGGUCCUUCAAACGACCUUACGGCCAGUCUUACACCAGAAAAGGCGGGACAGGAAUUUGAGCGGUUCCUUUUGGCCGUCUGUAGUCGUUGGCCUAAGGUCUUUUGUAUCGGCUUUGUCCCGCGUUUAACCGAGUCCAGAGAGAAACAGUUAUUCUACCAGCAAGAAUUUCACCGCAGGUCAGCAAAGCUAGGAAUUCCUUAUUAUUCCACCGCUGACCACUUUCCUCUGGACCGUCUGAGUCUGUGGUGCCGUGAUGGCAUCCACCUAAGCGAUGACCACGGGAUGCACAUCCUCAGGGAUCUGAUUUGGAAUGCUGGCUAUCAGUUCCUGGAGUUGUCAGCACCAAAGCCACUGGUGCAGAGUCAGGCAACUCCUGCGUACAAACCGAGGGUGGUGCCCCGUGUGGUUGUGAAGGGCGUGGGGAGUCUUCCUCGUUCUCCUCCUGCUCCACACCCUUCUGAGUGGACAAUCGUGAGAUACGGCAGGAAGAGGAAUCACUCGGGGGAAUUGGACUCUGUCUCUGAUUCACCCAAGAAAAGAGUGGUUCAUUACCAGGUCCGUAAGGCUUGCAGCUAUUCAUGAAAUAUAAUAGUCAAUGUCACUGGUAUCUUAAUAAUUCAAAUUUUGCAUUUAUAGAGCGAUGGGACCCCUGUGGCUUUAAGGGAAUGUUUCAUCCCAUUAAAUCCUGUCCGUUUCUCACCCGCUAUCUUGGUUGCCAUGGAAACAGUCUCUCCAUCGGCUCUUCCAGAUGUUCGCACAGGCACCGAUGUAAUUAGCACAAUACUGCAAUUACUAAUAUUCUUAGUAUUUUUAUUUAUAAAUAACACAAACCCUCAAUGUUGUUUGCGGUGUUGCAGACAAAGCCUGUGGAACAUAAAAAGAAACCAGCUCUCCCAAAGAGAAGCCGUUUGGCACGGGAGGCUUCAGUUCCAGCGCGUGUGAUUCCUGCCAGGGGUGUUGAAUGUGUGCCGCCUGAAGACACCGUGGAGCCUGUUCUGCAUUCUGCUGAGGUGUCUGACCAUGCUGGUGUGGGGUGCGUCUGUACGUUGGAGGUUUCUGCUGGCCAGCGGGUUUGUAUAAUGUGUUCUUCAGUCUCUAUUAAUAAAUAAAAAAUGUUCUCAGUGU